AACUAUGCAUUUCCAAGCGAAAAUCUAGGUCUAGUUUCUCUGCGUUUCUCUUCUUCUAUGCGAUUUUUACGAUCGCUCUCAAUUUUUCUUGUCAUCUUUCUCAUCUAAUCCUUAUACGUGAUGGAGGAUGUUGCUACUGCUUCUAAUGAGGAGAGAGAAAACAAGUUCCUAACAUUAGCAAUUGAAGAAGCAUAUAAAGCAGUUGAAAGUGGCGAUGGUCGUCCAUUCGGCGCGGUUAUUGUUCGAGAUGAUGAAAUAAUUGCAAGCUGUCAUAACAUGGUUGUAAGAAACACUGAUCCCAGUGCUCAUGCUGAGAUUACUGCUAUAAGAGAGGCCUGUCGAAAGCUGAAUCAAGUUCAACUUUCUGACUGUGAAAUUUAUGCUUCUUGUGAGCCUUGUCCAAUGUGCUAUGGUGCAAUUCUUUUUUCCAAAUUCAAGAGAGUGGUGUAUGCAGCUAGAGCAGAAGCUGCUAUAGCUCUUGGAGUUGGGAGUAACAGUGCUGAUGCAAUGAAGCACAGUAGCUUUUAUGAGAAGGUGAAGAUGGAGAUCAAAAAGGCUGAAGGUAGUGUUGCUGUAAUUGCGGAACAAGUAUUUGAGAAUACCAAAGACAAGUUUGUUACGCCCUCAGUUGCUUAAUCAUGUCAUCAAGUAUGAACGCAAGUUACAGUUGUUCAAUAAAACUUUAAUUACAGUUACUAUAUUCAUGUUCAAGUUACAAUGGUGAGUUAAAGUUCAAUAAAACUUCAGUUUCUUACUAUAA